AGACACCUAGAUUAACAACUGCUUGUAACGUUAAUUUCUACAAUACUUUUUUUUUUUAACAAUUCAAAACUUUUAACAGUUUACUAAUAUUAACUUUUGUAUAUUACAUAUCAGGUUUGGUACUAAUAUGCACUUUUAAAAGUGGAAUAAAAACGGGAAUGUGGGAAGUUUUACCUCGCUUUCGCUCUCACGGUCUGUCAGUCAAAGCUCACAGGCUGUGACUCAUCCAUCAUACAGUCUAUUGCUUAACAAUAUGCCAAUCACUCACCUCAUCUGAUGAGAGGAUGAGCGAGCCAAUCGCUGGAUCUGAUGCUAAGCAAUAAGCCAAUCAUCCAUCCUUAUUAUGACCGGUUGUGGUUUAAACGAACUGUCAGCCAAUUGCUGGAUCCCACACGUUCUAGUCUAAUGUAUAACACGCUGCUUUGAGCACUGGGUGAGAAAAUGACUUAUUAGCUUCUUUUAAUUGAACUAUUUUUGCAUGAUUAGAGUGCCGACACCUGGUGGGACAAAUAUUCUACCCAGUAAUGACAUAAUGAGAAAAGAAGAGAGAGCAGACCCGAGGGGGAAACUUCCUGCCGUACUGAUUUUUAGAAAAAAAAUCUAAUCCUGUUUUUCAAAUAUAUAUUCGCAUAGUCAAAAAGUGGCUAAAAAGUGUGAGAACAUAUUUCUGAUCUUUACUUUGUGAAAAGCAAGCCUCUCUUUUUACACACAGAACACUGGACGCUUUAGAAAUCAUCAAUCAGCUUAUGGAUAAAAUACUAUUGCAUAUCCAUAAAUGGGGUGGGGGUACCUUAAAUGAAAUCUCGAUAGGUGAUUAUUUUCAUAUAUUGGAAUAUUCAUUAGCUGUUUGAAAUAGCUCGCCGUAGGACAUGUCAACCCCCCCACACAUAAGCAAUCAACAAGAACGCGUGACUCUUCCAGAGAUCGGCGAGAGGAGGCAGACGAGGAGAGCGCGCGGCGGAAUGUGACGUCACCAGGCGCGCUUCUUUCCUGCUUGUUGGGAAAGCGCGAGCUGCGCUGCCUGGCGCAGAGAGUGGACAGCGCGCGCACGGAGAAAGAAUAUCCUUUUCGAUCUCGUGAUGCGCAAAGAGACAGAUGAAAGACGUCGACCACCUUAGACUCGUGGAGAGAUCUGCGAAAGCGAGAGCGCGGCUUUUUAAAGUAAAGCACUUAUCCCCGGAGGCUCAGCUGUCAUAGAAUGGAGAACAUCACGAGCCCCUUCAUCCCAAACCCGACAUGCAACUACAGCAUGGACUAUUACAACUCUCCAAACCGGAGCGAUCUGAACUGCACCCCGCCGGCAGACUACUUCUUUUACGCGGACCUGUACGUGGUCCUCCCGGUCAUUUACUCCGUGAUAUGCGCCGUAGGUCUGACGGGGAACACGGCGGUCAUAUACGUGAUCCUCAAAGCCCCCAAAAUGAAGACGGUGACCAACAUGUUCAUCCUGAACCUGGCGAUCGCCGACGACCUCUUCACCUUAGUGCUGCCCAUCAACAUAGCGGAGCAUCUGUUGCACUACUGGCCGUUCGGCGAGGUGCUGUGCAAAAUCAUUCUAAGCAUCGACCACUACAACAUCUUCUCGAGCAUCUACUUUCUGACGGUUAUGAGCGUGGACCGGUACCUGGUGGUGCUGUCGACCGUGCGCUCCAAGCGCAUGCCGUACCGCACAUACCGGGCGGCCAAGAUAGUGAGCCUCUGCGUGUGGCUGCUGGUCAUCCUCAUCGUCGUGCCCUUCACCGUGUUCGCGGGAGUCUACAUCAGUCCCGACGACACCGAGAGGAAAAGCUGCGUGCUGAGUUUCCCCAGUCCUGAAAGUUUGUGGUUCAAAGCCAGCCGGAUUUACACCCUCAUACUGGGCUUUGCCAUUCCGGUGUCUACGAUUUGCAUCCUCUACACCAUGAUGCUGUACAAAUUAAGAAACAUGCGCUUGAACAGCAACGCCAAAGCGCUGGACAAAGCCAAGAAGAAGGUGACCAUCAUGGUGUUUAUCGUACUGGCCGUGUGCCUGUUCUGCUGGACGCCCUUUCACCUCAGCACCAUCGUGGCGCUGACCACAGACCUGCGGACCACGCCGCUUCUCAUCGGCAUCUCGUACUUCAUCACCAGCCUGAGCUACGCCAACUCCUGUCUGAACCCGUUCCUCUACGCCUUCCUGGACGACAGCUUCAGAAAAGCCUUCAAGAAGAUGCUAGAAUGUAGACCCGCUUGAAUGUAAGGGGUUAAAAGGCAGGUCGGACUGAAUUCCAGCGGGAUUCCAGGAUUCGAACAGAACGCAAACGAGGCGUUUAGCAAAUGGGAUCUGAAUGCAAUUUGAAAAAUGUAAUCGUUUUAUUAAAUAAAAUGACUGCAAUAAGCCCGGGUUUUGAAUUGGAGCAGCGAAUUAACGAUGCAUUGUAUGGCAAAGAAACAUUUUAAUAUGCAUUUCAUGAAAAUAACUGGAAUUAUACAACUAUAAAUGUAAACUGUUGUCAUUACAAUUCUAUAUCCCGUAUUAAAUCAAAAUGCAUAAACUCUCAGUCAUUUUAAAAAGGACCUAUUUUCUCCAAUAAAUGACUGAAAUAAGUCACCAUCAUAAAUGAUUAUUGAGCGUCUCCAAAUAGUAAGCAGCUCAUAUUAUUAAAAUAAAUGUAAUUCCAAUUCAAAUUCAAUAUCCUUUAGUUUGUUGCCAGUUAAGUUAAUAUUUUACGCCUGACGCAAAUUAAGAUACAGUUACGCUGAGCGUGUCCGCCAUAUCCAUGCGCGCAUUUCCAACAAUAAAGGGAAACGUUUUCCUGAGCUAAACUCUAAUGUAACAGUUUGUCUCCCUCUUGUGCUCUCUGUGAUGAAAUAACCAAGAUGAAACACGUCUGACAGCAGAGCCCUGGAAACUUUAGUCAGGAAUUACAAAACUACUUAGGAUGACAUCGUGUGUUUCUCAAGCAGCAGGGCUUUCUGUGUAUAUAUAUUUGUAUAGACCUGCUUUUGUCACAUGAAACGUCGUCACUUCCUGUCCGGCAGUAUUUCAUCUUAAUAGCAAAUUCGAGACAGCUGUUUAAAUGUGCAUUUCCUUUACUUUAAGUGAAUAGCUAUAAAUGCGAAACAUUUUCGUCUGUGUGUAUCCAGAGAUGUAAGUCGUGCAGAUCAACACGGCGAAGCACACUGUCACAUGGCUUUUUAAUACAUGUUGUAAAUAAAAUCGAAUAAAUCA